GAAAGCUGCUGCUGAUGGGACAAACACAUGCACACAGCCAACGCAGUCGCGUCGAGCAGUCGGUCGCAGUUUGUAAUAAUCAAAACAAAGCAAAAAUCCGUUACGUUUGUAUUCUACACGGCGAUGCAAAAUAACUGUAUUGUUUAAACAUAAUUCUGGCGAAAGUAAAGCUAUCGGCUGCAGAGGAAGAACUAUGAAUAGCUACCCGGAACAAACGGAGCAAAUCAGCAUCUACCAAGACGAAGUGGUCACCCUCCGACAGGAUGUCCCCAAGCUUUACAAAGGCUUUCUGAUGAAGGAAUGCCAAGUGGUGGCGAAUAAGUUGGCCGAUGCCAAGUUCGAUAUCCCCCGUCAGAAUUUGGAAGGCUUGAAAAAUUUGUACCGAAACCAGGUGGACUUGGAAGGUACGCGAUUGCGGGAUUCUUCUGUUUCGGCCCGGCAACUGCACAAUUACGCCCAAAUGUUGCGACAGUAUACGCAAGGUGAACAAACUACAGCUACUAAAUAGAGACGGUAAGAAAUGAUGUGCAUGUAUAAAUAAAUUUAUUUCAAUCAUUUUCUAUA